AUGUUUGUUCCAGACAACAUGGACGCCUUCCUCCAGGCGACGGCGGCCUCGCUGCCACUGACCACUCCAACCUCGGUGGCGCCCAUCCCCACCGUCAUCCCCAAUGUCCCCAUCUAUCAGCAUCACCAUGAGACGGGGAAGCGGACGCUGUGGGUGGUGGCUGUCUUGAUGGGUAUUUCUUCCUUGGUCUUCUUCACUUUGGCCGCCCGGGCUCCUCUGGCUAAGCGUGUCUUCCACACCACCGCUUCCCUCGUCACCACUCUCUCCUUCAUCACCUAUCUCGCUCUCGCCUUUGGCCAAGGUAUCGUCUACAAACAUGCCACUGUGGUCCACCACCACAAACAUGUUCCCAACACCUCCGAGGAUCUUUACCGCCAAGUCCUCUGGCUGCGAUACCUGAACUGGGCCAUCUCCACCCCGCUCAUCUUGAUCAACCUGGCCCUCGUCUCCGGUUUGCCCGGCGCCAACCUGAUCCCCGCCAUCGUGGCCAACUUUGCCAUGCUGGGCUCCGGUCUCUUGGGUACCUUUGCCGGUAACACCCCGCAACGCUGGGUCUGGUUGACUGUCAGCUGUCUGAGCUACUUGACCAUGCUGCACCACGGCGCCUUUUAUGCCCAGCGCGCCGCUGCCAACAAGGACGUCAAGGUCCGCCGAUUCUUUGGUGCUUUGUCGGGCACUGCGUUUGUUGCCCUAGCCUUGUUCCCUAUUGGCCUCGCAGCUGGCUCCCUGGCCACCAAGAUCAGCGUCGAUGCCGAGACCAUCAUCUACGCCGUCCAGGACAUCUUCUCCCAGGGUAUUUUGGGCUACUGGCUCGUUCUGGUGCAGGAUAGUGCCCAAACCAGCUCCCUUGCCGUCGAGGGCUUCUGGACCUCCGGCUUUGCCAGCGAGGGCUCCAUCCGCAUCACCGACGAGGACGGUGCGUAA